UCGCCACAAGCUCAAGGGCCAAUGUGACGGAGAUGAGCACCGAGGCCACGCGCAGCUUUAGCGUAUGCCCUCAACUCAACUUUUUCAUCCAUCUGCCAUGAGUCCUUCCCUGUCCACCUCAUCCAUCCGCUCGCCUCAGCCAGGACAGACGGUCAAAGCGUUCAUCCACCACUACAGGGAUGGACUAAGUUUUUACAUGUAUUUUUUUACGGGAAUUAUGAUAUCUAGUCAAGAGGAACUAACCGGCGUUGAAGUUUGUAGCAAAGUGUAAAGUUGUAUUUGUUCUGCGUCGCGUCGGUGCGCUUCCCGUCCCCGCUAUCUUGAUGGGAUGGUUUGGAACUGCUUUUGUUUAUCUCAGCGCACGACGCCGCCCUCCCCUUAUCCGCCUCACACCUCAUUUUCCUACUAAUCCUUUUUUUCCUGUGCGGCACGCCCUCUCCAUCCCCGCGCCGCCCUUUCCCGACUCCCCGAUUCUUCCCUCACCCCAGCCAGGUAUCUCCCAGCCCCCCCAGUAGGUGUAUCUCUCGUUAUCAUCAAGUUAUGUCUCGAGGUGUUCCCAGGCAAGGCUCCACACUUAGGCUCCGUCAGUUGUAUAUUUCCCGCGACCUCCCACACGGGCGGCUGAGGCAGAAGGCAGCAGCAGCGGGCCAGACGGGCAUCCCUGCUAUGCCUCUCGGACUUAGUCUCCGCCUCAACCCUCGCGUCGCGGCCGGUCAUCUCAGUGUGGCUCGUUGGCCCGAAUAGAACGGACGUGGGUGCGUGCUCGGUCCUCGCUGCGGCCUGGCUGAGGUGUGCGUCGCUAGUCUGGCACUUGCGCAUGAGCGACGAGACGUGUGUGGGCGACGACUGACAAGCUGCUGGUGCUGACGCAUGCACUGCUGACGAUGCUGUGAUUCUAAUACCGCUUUAUUACGCUGUGAAGGACGAUGGUGUGAGGGUUAGUGGAUGAUAGUGGCUCUGAGAGGGAGCAAAACAGACGCGAGUGUGACCAUGUGGGCGCUCAAGGGACGGACGAUGCUGGUGGUGGUGUGCGUGGUGCUCGUGGUCGUGGCAUUGGUGGAAGGACCAAGAGCCAGCAAACUAAGGCGCCAAGGGCAACGGAGACCCAUCAAAACACACAGACGGCGAUCACAGAACCACGCAGGGGCGCCACUCACUGCAGUGCCCCGUGCCCCGGCCCCUGAACGAGCCCCGCUGUGCCCCGACCAAUUAACUCUGGUGGAGCGAAGGGAACAAGCAAACCUGAUCUUCACGGGCCGGGUCGAGUGGCUGCAGGGGCGGAGGAUGUCUGUGAGCCGCCACUCUGCAGGACCCGAGGGCGUGGCGGGCGGCGUGAUGGUGAAAAGGGUGUUCAAGGGCCCCGCGCGCUUCGCCGGGCAUGUCGUGGAGGUAAUGGGCCUCGGCAGAUGGGGCGUGUGUAACUCUCUGGCUCGGGUGAAGGACACGAAGAUAUUCCUCACCACUUUGGACGACCAAGGGCGCGUCAACCUCAACUCCUCCCUCGUCAGGCUCACGCUCAGGAACCUCAGGACCACGGCAGCCUCGCCCCCGCCCAGGACACCGACAGGUGUGACCACGGCUCGUCCAAGGCAAGUCCUGUCCCUCGCUCUCCCAGCCUCACUCCCCUACGACCCCCUCGCGCCUCUGUGA